CGCCUCGGUGUCUCCUGAGAGGGUCCAGUCCAGCCGCCCAGCAGGGCUCUUGGGUGUCUCCGCAGAAAGGACCGUAAGACCCCGCCGUCAUGUUCUCGGAGCCUCCAACCCCAGGGCCUCCAGCGCCCGACGCGCCUCCUGACUCGAGUCGCAUCGGCCCUGCUCCGGUACCCCCCUGGGCCCUGGCCGCAAUCGUUCUGGUCUCAGGCCUCCUCGUGUUCGGCUGCUGUUUCUGUGUCUACCGGAAGCGUUGUCGGAGGCGGCUGGGCAAGAAGAGCCAGGCCCAAGCCCAGGUCCACCUUCAGGAAGUGAAGGAGCUGGGCAGGAGUUACAUAGACAAGGUGCAGCCAGAAGUGGAGGAGCUGGAGCCAGCACCAUCUGGGCCAGGGUCGAAGGUGGCUGAGAAGCAUGAGCUCGGACGACUGCAGUACUCACUGGAUUAUGAUUUCCAGAGCGGCCAGCUGCUGGUGGGCAUCGUUCAAGCUGAGGGAUUGGCAGCCUUGGACCUGGGGGGCUCCUCCGACCCCUACGUGCGGGUCUACCUGCUGCCAGACAAGAGGAGGCGGCAUGAGACCAAGGUGCAUCGGCAGACGCUGAACCCACACUUUGGGGAGAACUUUGCCUUCAAGGUCCCCUACGUGGAGCUGGGGGGCAGGGUACUGGUCAUGGCAGUGUACGACUUUGAUCGCUUCUCCCGCAACGAUGCCAUUGGGGAGGUGCGGGUCCCCAUGAGCUCCGUGGACCUGGGGCGGCCAGUGCUGGCCUGGCGCGAGCUGCAGGCUGCUCCGCGGGAGGAGCAGGAGAAACUCGGUGACAUCUGCUUCUCCCUCCGCUACGUCCCCACGGCCGGGAAGCUCACAGUCAUCGUCCUGGAGGCUAAGAACCUGAAGAAGAUGGACGUGGGAGGACUCUCAGAUCCGUACGUCAAGGUCCACCUGCUGCAGGGCGGCAAGAAGGUGCGGAAGAAGAAAACGACCAUCAAGAAGAACACUCUGAACCCCUAUUACAACGAGGCCUUCAGUUUCGAGGUGCCCUGUGACCAGGUGCAGAAGGUCCAGGUGGAGCUGACCGUGCUGGACUAUGACAAGCUGGGCAAGAAUGAGGCCAUUGGGAGGGUGGCUGUCGGGGCAGCGGUGGGGGGAGCUGGCCUGCGGCACUGGGCAGACAUGCUGGCCAACCCCCGGCGGCCCAUUGCCCAGUGGCACUCGCUGAGGCCCCCUGACCGAGUGAGGCCACUGCCUGCCCCCUGAUCCCCACCUCAAGCCCCUUGCCAAGCCUGGACUCGGCCCCUGACCUCAGACUCCUGGCCAAAACCACACCCAGACCCACCUUUAAGCUUUCUCUGACCCCUAACCACCCCCACCCCACACCAACCCUUCCCAUUCCUGCCUUCCCAUCUCCCAUUAUGCCAGUCAUGGUGACUUGCCAGCUCUCCCACCAGCACACAUCCAGAAGCCCCAGGGACCCCUGGGGGAGGAGAGUAAUCUGGCCUCCCCCAACCCCUACUCCCACUCUCUGCUUUGACAAUCAGUGACCCUGCCUUCUUCUCCCUUCGCUCCCAGCACCCCUCUUCCUGCACAGGCUCACCUGCUCCUGUCCCUAGUCGGACUCCUGCACCGCUCCUGGGACCAAAUAAAUACUCAGCAACUUUGGUGA